GAAAGCUCUCUCUCUCUCUCUCUCUCUCUAAAACAUAAAAGCAUCAGGAGCGAGAUUUGAACCUCUCAAGGCGUUUGUACCAGUAGCCUCCAUUGCCACGUCUAUCUUUGCAACUCGCAAUCUCAUCCAAAAGGCUAAAGAUCCAGGAUAUCUCUGAAAAGCGUAAAUUCUUGUUGCUUUUCUUUCCAUUGACGGCAUCUCUCAUCAUUCCCUCGUGAUUGCAAGCUGUGUUUUUCGGUCUUCCUCCAAGUUUUUUCAAUCUCUAUUUCCGGGGAUCCGCUCCAUUAGCUCAGUUGUUUGUAGUGAUUGUGUUGUCCUGCGAAGAGAUUGCCAACUGAUUUUUUGAGGUUUUUUGUUGUUCGUUGAUGGUCAUCUAAGUUUGUUCGAGGAAGAGUUUCGGGCGUGAAAUAGAAGAAAGAAGGAGUUUUAAGAUCUGCUUUGUGAGAGAUGGUUGCCUUUGGUAAGAAAUUGAAGGAAAGACAAAUACAAGAAUGGCAAAGAUACUACAUAAACUAUAAAUUAAUGAAGAAAAAAGUAAAACAAUAUGCUCAACAAAUUGAAGUUGGAACACAAGAUCGCCGGCAUGUUCUCAAGGACUUCUCAAGAAUGCUUGAUAAUCAGAUUGAAAAGAUUGUCCUUUUUCUGCUGGAACAACAAGGGCUACUGGCAAGCAGGAUAGCCAAGCUUGGACAACAGCAGAAUAUUCUUCAGGAGCAGCCAGAUAUAUCUCAAAUAUCUGAUCUUCGAGAAGCUUAUAGAGCUGUGGGGCAAGAUCUUCUAAGGCUUCUCUUCUUUGUUGAGAUAAAUGCUAUUGGCCUGCGUAAGAUACUGAAGAAGUUUGACAAACGUUUUGGCUAUAGAUUCACUGAUUACUAUGUCAAAACUCGUGCAAAUCAUCCUUAUUCUCAGCUGCAGCAAGUGUUCAAGCAUGUGGGGAUUGGGGCUGUUGUGGGAGCCAUAUCUCGCAAUCUUGCUGAUCUUCAAGAUCGUCAUGGUAGCUACUUAUCAAUAUAUGAUCAGCCUGCUCUUCCCCUCCAGGACCCUGUCAUUGAUUCAGUAAAAGCUGCUGUAGACAGGUUAACCCACUCAACAAACUUUCUUCACUUUCUGGCACAACAUGCAUUAAUUAUGCAAGAAGAGUUGCCUACUCCUGUAGAAGAACAAGUUGAUGAUCGGAGAUAUCAUUUUAUGUCACUUCUCUUAAACCUGGCAAACACAUUUCUUUAUAUGGUCAAUACAUAUAUCAUUGUCCCUACAGCAGAUGACUAUUCCUUGAGUCUUGGAGCUGCGGCAACGGUUUGUGGUAUUGUAAUUGGGGCGAUGGCUGUUGCGCAGGUGUUUUCUUCAGUUUAUUUCAGUGCUUGGUCUAAUAAAUCAUACUUCAGGCCUCUCGUAUUUAGCAGUAUUGUUCUUCUUCUGGGAAAUACUUUGUACGCAUUGGCUUAUGAUCUUAAUUCUAUAGCAGUUCUUCUAAUUGGUCGUCUAUUUUGUGGAUUUGGUUCUGCUAGAGCGGUUAACCGGCGUUAUAUCAGUGAUUGUGUUCCAUUGAAAAUCCGCAUGCAGGCAUCAGCGGGUUUUGUUAGUGCCAGUGCUUUGGGAAUGGCAUGUGGUCCUGCUCUUGCUGGGUUACUUCAAACUAAUUUUAAGAUUUACAAAAUCACAUUUAAUCAAGAUACCCUGCCUGGUUGGGUUAUGGCUGUGGCAUGGCUUAUGUACUUAGUGUGGCUGUGGAUCUCUUUUAAGGAGCCCUCUCAUGUGACUGAAGAAAAGCAUAUUCCACAGGAGUCAAAUGCUGGGAUUGCACCCUCCUUGAUGAUAGAACCAGCACAAAAUGACGCACUUGAGAAGGGCCUUGCGCAACCAUUGCUCUUAAGUUCAGGAGAGAAGCAACAAGAUGAUGAGGGGGACCAAGAAUAUGAUGCAAGUGAAGAAGCUGCUGAAGAAUCUCGUUUAGCAGUCACUUCAAUUGGAUCAGCAUAUAGACUUCUUACACCUUCUGUAAAGGUUCAAUUACUGAUAUAUUUCAUGCUGAAAUAUGCAAUGGAAGUUUUACUCUCAGAAUCUAGUGUUAUUACCACAUACUACUUUGGCUGGUCUACAAGUGCAGUGGCAGUUUUUCUCGCAUGUCUUGGCCUCACUGUUCUUCCAGUAAACAUUGUUGUUGGAAGCUACAUUAGCAACAUGUUUGAAGACAGACAAAUGUUACUGGCAUCUGAAAUAAUGGUUUGCAUAGGCAUACUCUUAAGCUUCCAUAUAAUAGUUCCAUAUUCAGUGCCACAAUAUGUCUGCUCAGGACUUAUCAUGUUUGUAUCUGCUGAAGUUUUAGAAGGCAAGUUGUGUGAACCUCUCCCUCCUCUCUCGGGUCAUGUCGUCGAGGCUUUCCCGCGGUACUUACAAUGGGGGGCUGCUGUCAACAGAAGCUGGGACGAUUGCUCGAGUGAUUGCAGAUGCCACCAUAACCUUGGCUGGCUACUUGGGGGAGAGUAGGCUGUUGAAUAUCACCCUACUUCCUACGCUCGUCAUAUGUGUAACCUCCAUCAUCGCCACUUGCUAUACCUACAAUUCUCUUUAUUGAUUCAUUCCUCUUUCCAUAUCAAAUAUGCCAUUAGUCUCCAAAAUCCCCAGCCCCUUGAGUAAAAAAUUAUGCUCUUGGAGGGGGAUUCUUUGGGAAUUAGGUUUCUUCUGUCCUUUUAUUUUGUCAUAUUUUUUAUUGAAAAUUUUGCUCCAUGUAUUAAUGCUGUAUAUGAAAGAUGGCUCAUUUUUUCUGAA